AUGUCCACCACUGCGACGUCUGCCUCCUUCAACAAGCUCGUCCGCGUGGACUGGUCGUUCGUCCUCACCAGCGCCGUUUCCUCGUCAAAGUCUUUCGGUAUGAGUAAAGAGGGAGAGGGAGAAGAGGAAGGCGGCGACGGGGAUGACAUCCGCUCGAGCGUCAACGUAAGAUUGGUGUUCGAAAACGAAGAGGACGAUGAAGAACAACAACAACAACAGAAGAGGAAACAAAGAGAAAUCAAAAUGGAACUCACGUUAUCGCAGUUUUACGAAUUUAAGAGAGAUUUAGAAAUCGCCAGGAAGAGUUUAAAUGAUGCGGAGGGAGAGGUAUGA